CGCAAUUCUUCUCAAAAUUGCCAUCUAAUUCUAAACCAAGUACAGGUGAAAAAAUUGGAAAAGUAUUUAUACGAUACGAACAUAUUCAGGAGAACAUAACGUAUAGGUAAGGAAAAACGGAGAGCAAUCGACGGUCGCGGAAAACGGUAGGGCAAAGUUAAGAUGGCGAGUGCUACCUGUCAACACGCGUUUGCAGAACCAGUGGACAAACUGCUUGCGAAAACACUUCAGGCGAAACCCUUACCUGAAGCUCUAAAAAAGCAUCAUUCUUCUUAUCGAUUAGAAGGUAAAGAUGACGAUGGUGACAUCGAGAUGAUAGACGUUUCCGGUCAGUCCGUCACUGACCACCAGGCGGGUGAAUCUUUUAAAAAGCUACGAGAACCGGCUCAUUUGUAUGGAGUUGCAGGCAGCGAUCUUGAUGUGUGUAUAAAUUUUCUUAAGCUAGUUAAGGUGCACGCAGAAACCGCUGGACCAAGGUGCACCUUGUAUUGUACCGAGCUUGAAUAUCACUUGAAAAUCUACGAUGGGCUCGUCGAACGCAGCUUUUUGCUUCCAAACGAUUGCUACUUCCCAUAUAGUAGAGACUUCAAGAGUCGUGUGAAGACCUAUCUGGAACCCACUGUUAAACUUAAGUUUCUUAAAAUGAUAGGCCUCCAUUUUUCACAUGGAUACCGACUGGCCAUUUCACACAACCAGCAAAGAGUUGAGGUUAGCAUCGACGGGACGAACCAAGACGAUAGUAUUGACGCGCCCACAACGACACCCUUUAGGUUAUCUCCCUUUGAGAACCUGUGGUGUGUUUUAUACGAAGAAAACAGGUACACACACAAAUUAGAGUGGAUUGGGUCGGCCAUAAAGAACUUCGAAGAUUUGCUUUCCAAACAGACGUUCAUGAUACAUUUUGAGACAGGCAUCAGCCUGAUAUUUAAGACAGAGAUUUGUACCGAACAUAUAACCUAUGGCCCAGGAAUUCUCUUCAGGCCACUGAAAAAAUUAAAUCGGCACAGCCAAGGAAUCUAGUAGGAUUAUUAGUUUCACAGGUUACAAGGAUGCGCGCUUUAACUUCACACAACACUCGUAGAAGCUGCGUAAAGAAAGGGC